AUGGAAGUCGACAUCCUUCACUUUGGAACGGACAAGAUUGAGGCGAUUAAUCUGAGUGAAGCCAACACAAAAGGCUUGGACGAAAUAUUUCCACUAGGAACGGAUGAGAGAGAUGGUGACAUUUACACAGAAAAACAAUUUGAGAAUUUGACGAAUCUAAGAUAUCUUCACAUGAUAAAUGCACAUCUCAGUGGAGAUUUUAAGGACUUAAUGAAGGGGUUAAAAUGGCUUCAAUGGCGAAAAUGUCCCGCGAGUUUUGAAGUAAACAAUUUUGAUGUAAAGGAAUUAGUUGUACUCGAAUUGCAAGGAAGUAAGAUAAAUGAGAAAUGGGGAGGAUGGAGUUUUUUCAAGAUGGCAAAGAAGCUUAAAUAUCUAGACCUUUCAUUUUGUGAUUCCUUGGAAAAUAUUGACUUCCUCUUAGCUUUUGAGAAGUUAGAGGUUCUCAUCCUCAGGGGGUGUAGGAGACUGAAGCGAAUCGACGCUUCCAUUGAAGACAUGGAGGGCCUCCUUCGCUUGGAGCAGGACUCGUCCCGCGUGCUUCAUCUUGCGGUAGGCGCCGAUGCAGGUGCCGAACGCCCCGUUCCUCGUUUCUGCCUCAGGGAGCUUCCAGCAGAAAUAGGUAAAUUAAAAGCACUGCAGCAACUCGAUCUAUCCUAUACUUCAUCCCUUUCUGCAUUACCAGAUGACAUAGGGUCUUUGGAGAAUCUAGAGAUUCUAGAUAUUUCUGAAAGUGGUAUAGAAGAAUUACCCAAUGGUAUUGGGAGUCUGAGAAAGCUCCGAGAGUUACGUGCUUACCAUUGUGUAAAUCUGAAAGGGAUAAUGGUAGAAAGCAUGUGUAAUCUUUCUUCCCUACGAUGCCUUGAUUUUAUAGACUGCGACAAGCUCCAAUCGCUACCGGACCUUCCUUCCGGCUUAACAUAUUUGGGCGUCACCUGUCGAAGUCGCAAAUUGCCUUCGCUUUCCCACCUAGCCCAUCUCAAGGAACUACGAGUUGACUUAUGCAGAUUUAUCCAAUGCAUCCAGGAGCUUCCAUCAACGCAAUUAAAGAGUUCAGAAUGCUCCCAACCGACGAACAUUGAAGAAAUGGAAUCACUACAAUCCCUAAACACGCCCUUCAAGUUCGAAUCCUUGGAAGUCUCUUAUUGUAGAUCUAUCAAAAUGCUGGAUGUUUCACAGUUUGUCCAUCUAAGGACAUUAGUGGUCUACGAUUGCGAUAAUCUAUUUGAAAUUCAAGGUCUUGACAAAUUGAUAUAUUUGGAAAGCUUGGAUAUCACACAUUGCAAUUCAAUCAAACAGGUGGACCUUCCAAAACUCGAGGGUCUAAAGAAAUUGACUAUUAAGAAAUGCCCGAAAUUCAAGGCCUGA